AUGGUGGAGAACUUCAUAUCUGCUGGGGACAUCAUCUUCUCGGCCCUGUUUGCGCUGGACGUCACAAUCCGCUUGCUCGUUCUGGGCGGGAAAUUUUUCAAGGUGUGUAUGAAUUAUGUUGAUUUGGGGGUGACUGUGGCCUCGCUCGCGGAGAUCUUUAUCUUUGCAACGACGCCGGUGAACUUUGUGAACCCUGUGCUGUUUCGCCUGCUACGCAUUGGCAAGCUGGCGAGAGCACUGCGGAUGGUCACCAUGUCCAACGUGCUGGCGUCUUUGCAGUUGCUUCUGAAGUGCCUGGCUGCGAGCAUGGAUAUGCUCUUUUGGACCUUUUGCUUGCUGACCUUCCUGCAGUGCGUCGCAGGCAUGAUUGUGAGCACACUUUGCCGUGACUUCAUCAUUGACGAGACCAAAGAUUUGGAUCUGAGACUUGAGGUCUUCAAGUACUACGGCACCUUCACGCGGACCUUCCUCUCCAUGUUUGAGAUACUUUUUGCAAACUGGGCCCCACCUUGCCGAGCUGUCGUGGAGGCCAUCAGCGAGUGGUUCUCAGUCUUCUUCCUGCUGUACCGCUGUGUCCUGGGUUUUGCCGUGCUUAAUGUGGUCAAUGCGGUCUUCGUGCAGCAGACGAUGAAAACUGCCAGCUCCGACGAGGACUUGGCCUUCAAGCAGAAGCAGAAGGAUGCCGCGGUGUACAUUCGAAAGGUGAAGAAGUUGUUUUCGACAAUGGACGCCUCGGGCGAUGGUGCCAUCAACCUGGAGGAGUUCGCGAAGUUGGUGCAGUCACCAAAGCUGAAGUUUUGGAUGAGCCAGCUGGAGCUUGAGUACCAUGACCUGCUCAGCUUGUUUGAGUUCCUUGACAAUGGCGACGGCCAGAUUACCUUGAGCGAGUUCAUUGAAGGAGCCGGCCGCUUGCGUGGCAGCGCAAAGGCGCUGGACAUUUGGCGGCUGGAAACUAAGGUGGAAGUUCUUUUCGAAGAGAUCAUCAACCGGCUGCGUCCGACCAAAACGGACGUAGCCGGGAUGGGGGUUCGCGGCACCCUGAGCGUCCAAGACAUCUUCGAGCAUUCCAGCUUUAGGCACAUCCAAGCCACCACCCGGGGCAGGGGCGAGAAAGAGAGGGACUCCGUGAAUGCAGGCGAUCCGGACGCUGUUUUGAGAACACAGCCGCAGGUUUAG